AUGGAUGUAGUUGAACGACUGGCGUCUCUCCACCAAGACCUUACAGAGCUCAAUGAAAAGACAGAAAAAACAAAAAUAACGAUCAAAAAAACCCUAAAAGAGAUAAGACUGCCCGACAAAAAUUUACCGGCCAAAGCCAGCACCAUAAUAGACAAAGUGAAAGCAGAAGUUUCCUCCUCUAAAAUCCUUGAACUCUCCCUUGGCAUAAGCGAAAUAAAGCUUCCAGAGAAGCUAAGGUACAAGUACAAAAGCGACUACGAAACAUUCAAACUCACUUCAACAAUCGCAGUCACAAUUUUAACCCUUCUGAACCUGCUGUUUUUCAGCAGUAAGAUCAUGGACACCGUGCAAAUACUCAUCCAGAUGUACAUUUACUCCACGCUCACCAUACGAGAGCACAUUCUAAUUAAUAAUGGAAGCCACAUAAAAAGAUGGUGGAUUCUUCAUCAUUACAUCUGCAUUGUUAUCACAGGAAUGAUGCUCACAUGCCCAGACGAGUCUUUCUCCUUCAUUCGAACACCCGUUCUUAAAUUUCUUUUUGUGCUUUCUUGCUCGCAGUUAGUCCAGUACCAGUACCAAAUGAGGCGUCUUUAUAUUCUGCGGGCCCUAAAGAAGGCAGACCCACUAGAAAUAACAAGUGAUGUAAUGAAUGUUUCUUUAAUGGCGAAUCUCUGGGUGGCUGUGGGUAUUCUAGUUCUCUUCCAGUUUAUCCAGAUGUACGUGUCCUAUUACAUAUACACACUGCAUGUACUGCAUGCAUGGAGGCAUUACCAGCCAUUUAUUGGGGCACUCCUAAUAGGCGCAAUGUCCUUUGGAAAUAUGUUCACCAUCUUCUACACUUGUUAUAAUAAAGGGAUAUCUCCUAAAUAA